CACUUCCCAGAGGUUCAGUUCCAUCCCAGCCGUGGAUACAGGCACACAUCCAGGCACGGAUGGAAAUCCGCCGGCUCCUGUUCCAGCAGGGGCAGAACAAGCCCAAAUUGAUUGGUGACAUCUGAUCUCUGCCUUCUGUUUGUUUGUUUUCCAUCUUCGAAUAAGACAGUGCACGUUUGCUCUGAGUUUUGGCUGAAGGGCUCUGGUUGCCUUGCUGUGAGUCUUGGUUGGGUUUGCAGGGGGAAAAUCAAUAUCUUCAGGAGCUGGAGGUUACCUGUUGGUCCUUGUGGUUUGAGAAGGUGAAGAAUGAUGGAAACAAGAUUUCUUCUGCUUUUCUGCCCGUGAAUCAGCAAAAAGGAGGAAGAGGAAGGAGAGCUGGCUGUGGACAGUCCUUGCUGCUGUGCUGGCAGCUCUGGGUGGUGCCAGCCCUCCGUGACAGCGUCAUUGCCUCCGAGAGGGGGGACUGGCAGCCAGCAGGCACUUGGACACUUUGUGAUAGCCAGAGUGGGCUGUUAUCUCCAGAGCUGAAGGCCACAUGUGAGCUUGGCAGAACUUCUUGGUCAGGUCCUGUUUGAGCUGGUUGCUUGUUUAAUUCCAAAGGUCGUGUUGAUCAUGGACAGUGAAGAAAUUCCUACUUUCUCGAGUCCAAAGGAGGAAACUGCAUAUUGGAAAGAACUUUCCUUGAAGUACAAGCAAAGCUUCCAGGAGGCUCGUGAAGAGCUGGCUGAGUUCCAGGAGGGAAGCAGGGAAUUAGAGGCUGAGUUGGAGGCACAGCUAGUACAAGCUGAGCAGAGGAACAGAGAUUUGCAAGCAGAUAACCAAAGACUGAAAUAUGAAGUGGAAACAUUAAAGGAGAAACUGGAGCACCAGUAUGCCCAGAGUUACAAGCAGGUGUCGUUGUUGGAGGAUGACCUGAGCCAGACAAGGGCCAUCAAAGACCAGCUGCACAAGUAUGUGAGGGAGCUAGAGCAGGCCAACGAUGACCUGGAACGUGCCAAGAGGGCAACAAUAGUUUCAUUGGAAGACUUUGAACAAAGGCUGAACCAAGCUAUUGAGAGAAAUGCAUUUUUAGAAAGUGAACUGGAUGACAAGGAGUCAUUGCUGGUUUCUGUACAGAGAUUAAAGGAUGAAGCAAGAGACCUGCGGCAGGAGCUGGCUGUGAGGGAAAGGCAGCAGGAGGUGACACGGAAAUCAGCUCCCAGCUCCCCCACUCUGGACUGUGAGAAGAUGGACUCAGCUGUCCAGGCCUCUCUCUCCUUGCCAGCCACACCCGUUGGAAAAGGAUCAGAAAAUAGUUUUCCUUCCCCAAAAGCUAUACCAAAUGGGUUUGGAACCAGCCCACUCACUCCUUCAGCUCGAAUAUCUGCACUCAACAUCGUGGGAGAUCUGCUACGCAAAGUGGGGGCCUUAGAAUCCAAAUUAGCUGCUUGCAGGAACUUUGCAAAGGACCAGGCAUCACGGAAAUCCUACAUUUCAGGGAACGUCAGCAGCGCCGUGCUGAGCAGCAACGGCACCAAGUACCCACACCCAGGGCACACGUCCUUCUUUGACAAGGGGGCAGUGAAUGGCUUUGACCAAGGCCCCCCUGGCCUGGGGGGCUCCCGCCCGUCCUCGGCACCGGGAAUGCUCCCCCUGAGCGUAUGAGCCCCCAGGGCUUGGACUUGGAUGCUUUUCUCAGCCCACCUCGAGAAGAACUGCUCCUGAUUCCUCCCCAUUGCCACCCCAUUGCUGGAACAUGGCCUGAGAGGAGACCCUGAGCCCACGGCCCUCCAUGUCCUGUCAAUACAGUUUGUUUUCUGCUCUCGCUGUAGUGGACGUUCUCUGCCCCGGCCCCGCCAGCUGCCACCUCUGCUGUGCUUGGGGACAGUGUCCUGCUCUGCCUGGGGGACAGUGAGUCCUGCUGUGCUUGGGGACGCUGAGUCCUGCUCUGUCUGGGGGCCAGGCCCAGCCUUGCCCCCUUGGCUUUCCCUCUCCUCUCACUUAGGUCUGGCAGAGCCUUGUCCCCACCUCUGCCCUGUCCCCUGCCAGGCCCUGCAGCUGCUGCUCUCAGACCUCGUGGAAGUGCCCUGGGGUGGCCACUGGUGGCCCUGGGGCCUUUGGCACUUGGGAUCAGCCCCAGGUGCUGUCUCAGGGGCAGCCAGAGCAGGGCUGGGUGAGCAGCUCCAGCCUGGCCAGGCCAGUUCCAUCCCUGCUGGACAGCUGGACACACACACAAAGCCAGGCACUGUGCCCAUCCCAGCCCCCAGCUGGGCCUGGCAUGGCUGAGCUGUUCUCCCUGGAGCAGGUGGGCAGUGCUGUGGCCAGGGGCUGUGCCCUCAGGUGUGCCCAGGGCAGGGCUGUGCCCUCAGGUGUGCCCAGGGCUGCCCCACAGCUCCCUGGCCCUGCUGGCCUCCAUCCCUCACCCCACUCACAGCGACCCCAUGGGAGCUUUGGCAAGCUGCUGCUCCCCCUGUCCAUCACCCCUGUGCUGUAGGACUGGACUGUGCAGCCUCACCUGGAGGCUGCUCUGACACUUUGGGGCGACUGAACCUUGUGGGUCUUUCAGGCAGCACAUUUGUGUGGUUUCUCUGUCCAUGUGCCUCAGAGUCAGUGGAUUUUUUUUCUGAUCCAGCAAAUGGAGCCAGGGUUGCAGCUGAGGGUUCAGCAGUCAUCGGUCAGGGGCUCUGCAGCUCCCAGGUGGUUGAAUUAAAUGCUGAGAAAAAAACCCCACUGGCCCAGCAGUGGAGGUGGGAUUGUCCCUUUGCCAUUAGGGUUUGUAUGGUCCUUCCUUCCUGUGCAUCCUCUGCUGCAUUUGACUGUUUACAUUUGUUUUAUUGUACAUAGAUUUGUAAACAUAAUACCUUUGCCUGAGGUCUUUGUACAUAACUUGGGCUUUGUAGCUUUAUUUAUUCAGCCUCUCUCUGGCAUGUUUCCAUAGGAUGUACCGUUCCACCCUGGUGCCACUGACAUGAUGUGGUUUCAAAAGAAUGAAAACAAAUGAGAGUAAUAUUCCAAAAAUAAAGUUCUUUCAAUGUGGAAUCAGUGGAUUUUGCAGAA